UCAUGUCUCAGUUCCUCAGAUGCCGGGGUCAGGUCCGAGACGCGCACCUUGCAGCCUGUGCAUCAAGCGUACAGGGCAACUCAUCAGCAGCCCUCACACCACUCACUAUCGACCUACAUCUACUGGGGCUACCGGAAUCUUCUACACACAUCCUAAAGGGUGCUUUGGGAAGAUUAUGCAAGUCUUUCGACAAGGAUGUUGACAAGAAACUAUCUGAGUGUUUGCGGGAAAAGGUGUUGAAAUGCCUUCCAGCUAAAUGGCACAUGACGAUACUUCCUAGCCAGAAUAUUGCUGAGUACAGGAACUAUCUCUGCAAGAACAGAAAUGUUAUAGAAGCCGGCUGCCGAGGCCAGAGUCAGAGGACAGGAACCUGCCGGGAGGACAUGUCCUCCUUGUACGUCAAGCUCUACAUAUCAUCCUCCACACAAGAAGUGGCCGGGAUUUUAUGCAGUUAUCCUUCUCUGAUGGACAGAUGCGUUCAUUCGCUGUUUCCUAAGUGUUCGACACAAGCAGCCACCAUCAUAUCGGAAUCCACCAAGAAGCUAAGGAAUCCAAAAUGCAGCCAACCUACUUCUAGCAGAGCGAGCAGCGGGGGUACAUCCGCUCUUGGCACCAAGUUGACACUGCUCUUGUGCAUGGCAGUGCUGGCGACGGCAGAACACCUGCAUCCAACAUACAGUUUCGCUUGUUAACUAUCCUACCUGUAUAUUGAAGAAUUGAUGUUGAGCACAUGUAUGCUUUGAUUGAAUUAUUAUUUAUGUCAUGGUUGUUCACACGCAUCCUGGUUUAAGCAGGUGUUUGUUUGUUUGUUUGUUUGUUUGUUUAUUGUUUAACGCCAUACUCAACAAUAGUCCAGUUAUAUGACGGCGGUCUGUAAAUAAUCGAGUCUGGACCAGACAAGCCAAUGAUUGACAUCAUGAACAUCGAUCCGAAUAUAUGAAUCAAGUCUCUUUUAAAAUAAUACUAUCGUUUAUGACAUAUCAUCUCAUGCUAAAAGAAAGAAUAAGUUUAUUCUCUCCAAACCACUGCGGAGGUACAAAGCUAAAGAAUAAGCAUGUACACAUAAAGUAUUAGUAUGUGACACGAUGACAGUAUGUCAUGCAUGGAUAUUUUAUAUCUUUUCUGUUUUGUGUUUUCGUACUGCUUUUAAUAUUUUAUCUAUGAAUCUCGAUAGGUUCUUAAGAGCUCUAGCGCUUUGGCCGAACAAUUACCCCUGAAAUGUAUACGAAUUAGACCUUUUGUUAUGGUGAGUGGUUUAGCAGAGGGGACAUGUAUAAAUUGUUGUUUCGCCUUGCAUGACUUGGAGUUUCCUUUGUGUCGAGCGUUGUUCUGUCGGCUCCGAGCUUUGUGUCGAGCGUUGUUCUGUCGGCUCCGAGCUUUGUGUCGAGCGUUGUUCUGUCGGCUCCGAGCUUUGUGUCGAGCGUUGUUCUGUCGGCUCCGAGCUUUGUGUCGAGCGUUGUUCUGUCGGCUCCGAGCUUUGUGUCGAGCGUUGUUCUGUCGGCUCCGAGCUUUGUGUCGAGAGUUUAUCGCAGUUGUGUAAAUAUUGAAUAAGAGGUUUGGUAAUCAAUAAAUAUUCUUAAC